CUUCUCGGACUGAGAGCGGCUUGGUUCGCCAUGUUGGUUUGUGUGUAAAAAAUCGCUUGCAUCCGUCCUAAAGCUUGACUUUUUCACUCUAAGGACGAGUCCUGCUGCUAGUUCACACUCUGGGCCAUCUACCAAUGCUAUUAUUUUUGUGAUUUGCAGGUAAACUCACGUGGGAAACGUCCUUCUGAGGGAGGACACCCUGAGGUACAUCUCUCUGUCUCUAUACAACAAAAUCCGCCUGGUUUUUCUUUUUUUUUGUCUUCUUCAGCCUGAAAUGAGCUUACCACAGAAAGCCAAACCACAGCCUGUAAUAAGAGGACUACAACAGCCUGCUUCAAUUGCCAGAGGACCUGUGCAGCAGACAAUUGAAGACCGUAUCUACUCUCCACAAGCAGCAGUAGCCACGGUCCAGUAUACAGUCCCACAGGUGCCCAGACAGGCAGGACCUGCUGCUUACACAACACACGAAAUAAACAAAGGUCAUCCAAAUCUCCCCGCAACGCCGCCAGGCCAUGCCUCUUCACCAGGCCUCUCACAGGCAGCCUUCCAGUCUGGACAAAAUGCAGCUCCUCCUCCACUUGUGUAUUCCCAAAAUCCACAGACAAUGACUACACAACCACAGACAAGACAGUUUUUUCAAAGACCACCGAUGCAACCAACUAGACCCAGCAUACCGAAUAAUAAUCCUUCCAUGCGUCCAGGGACACAGACUGCAACGGCUGCAGUCUAUCCACCCAGCCAAGGGCCUAUAAUAAUGAUGAAUCCACCUGUGCCAUAUCCCCCAGCUCCUCAGGCUCCUUAUUAUAUUGCUAAUCCGUUCCGCCCUAGUGCGACUCCAUACAUGGGGCCACCCCAGCAGUAUCCUGUUCAGCCGCCUCCUGGUCCAUUCUAUUCUGGACCAGGUCCUGGUGAUUUCACUACAUAUGCCUCAGAAACAAGGCGCAGAGGGUGGCCCCAAUCAGGAGUUCAGCCACUGUGUGCACCGUCCUAUUACAGUCAACCUGUGUAUUCGCCAUCUGCACCUUUGAUAAUGCCGGCACAACAACCACCACCUCCAGCAAAGAGGGAAAAGAAAACGAUUAGAAUCCGUGACCCAAAUCAAGGAGGCAAAGACAUCACUGAAGAAAUAAUGUCAGGCGGAGGUGGAAGUAGGAACCCAACACCUCCUGUUGGGAGGCCAAACACCACACCCACUCCACCUCAGCUGCCCAGUCAGGUUGCAGAUCAUGCACCAGUUUUUGGAACUGUGGAAAAUACUCACGUGGCAUCAAAUGUGGACUUCAAGCAAGUGGAACGGACUGAAACUGCUGUUACAAAACUGAAAACAGAAGAAAAACCAAAGCAGGAACUACCAGUGAAAGGUUCAUCCACAGAUGUUAGAACAGAAAUUGCUGAAGAAAAGGAGAUUGAUGGCGGAACUUCUGAUACAGGUCCUUUACUGGAGGAGGAAGAAGAGGAAGGGGAACAGGAGGAGGAAGGGGAAGUGGUGGCUGAGGAGGUGGUAGAGGAAGAAGAGGCGGUCUUAGUGGAACAUGUUUCUAGCAAUGCUGUUUUCCCAACUAUGGAUUCUACUGAAGGAACAUCCAUUUCCAGUGAGGAGAAGAAACUUGCACCUAGCAUACAUUUGCACAUAGAUGUGGAAAAGGAUAAACAAAAAGAGCAGGACACUGAAGAUCUAUCCGAAGAAACGAUUGUUGCUUCAUUUGAUGAAACCGUGGAACCUUGCACUGUUGUCUCAACUAAAGAAGUGAAUGGCAUUGCAGGCCAGGAAGUAUCACAAAGCACCUUGGAAGGUGUUUCACAAAACUUUCCAUUGUCUACAAAUGUAGAGAAUGCAGAUAAUCUUAGGACAGAAGCAGACGCAGAGGUGACACUUUCUUCUCCUGCUUAUUCGAUUAGUCUGGAGGCUGCAGCAGAGGAGGAGAACAGUGAGGAAGUGCCUGUUAAUGAUGACAAAGAUGAAGAUGUGGAAUGCAAGGAAUUUAUGAAAGUUGAGGAGAAAGAGGUGGAGGAAAAUGAAUCACAACAAUUAAACUCCAAAAAAAGCCCUGAGAUUUUGUAUGUCCAGAUACCUAUUACUGCACCAAAGAUGCAGAAGAGUCCAAAAGAGUGGGACAAACCUGAUGAGGAUUUGUUAGAAAUCAGUGAAGAGCUUAAACUUGAAGAACUUGCAGUUGAAAAUUUGCCUGAAUCUGAACAAGAUAGAACAGUUCCAGGUUUAAACCUGGACAAAGACUUGGACAUUAAAGAUCAUGCAGAUGUGGAAGAAAAUGGGAAUCAGGAGAUAGAACCAGAACAGAAUGGUUCAGAGACUGUAUCUGAAAGUGAAAGCACAGAGACGAGCGCCAAAGAGAUCCCUGAUGAUAGCGUGGUGUGCGGCUUCAAAGAAGACCAGUGGAAAUUGACAAAUCCAGAGGGCAAGAAGCGAUAUGACCGUGAAUUUCUCCUUGGUUUCCAGUUCAUAGCGGCUAGUACACAGAAACCAGAUGGGCUGCCAGCAAUCAGCGAUGUUGUUCUUGAUAAGAUUGCCCAGACUAAACAAAUAACAAGGCCUUUAGACUCCUCACGAAUACUAUCCCGGGGCCCAGACUUCACACCAUCAUAUGCAGACUUUGGAAGGCAGCCACAAAGUGGACGAGUAGGAGCGGUGCUAAAUUCUGGUCCACGAAGGUCACAGCAUGGGCAAAGAAGAGAACCAAGGAAGAUUAUUGCAAAUAUAUCUGUAAAUGAUGAUGUCCAGUUGAAGAAAUCAGAGAAUGCAUGGAAGCCUAUAUUAAAACGAGAAGAAGUCUCUGAUGACUCAGAUGUGCAAAAAACACAGGAACUUUUUCGGCGAGUAAGAAGCAUCCUGAACAAACUUACACCACAGAUGUUUCAACAAUUGAUGAAACAAGUUCAGGAGCUGACAAUAGAUACAGAAGAGAGGCUGAAAGGGGUUAUUGACCUAGUGUUUGAGAAAGCAAUUGAUGAACCUAAUUUCUCAGUAGCAUAUGCCAACAUGUGUCGCUGCCUCACAAUGUUGAAAGUCCCAGUGUCAGAUAAACCAGGUGUCUCAGUGAAUUUCCGUAAGCUACUACUAAAUCGAUGUCAGAAAGAAUUUGAAAAGGACAAAGCAGAUGAUGUUGUCAAUGAGAAGAAGCAGAAAGAGAUUGAUGCUACUAUUAAAUCAGAAGAGAAGUCCAGGCUUCAAGAUGAGCUAGAAGAAUCCAAGGACAAGGCUCGUAGAAGAUCCAUUGGAAACAUUAAAUUUAUUGGUGAACUGUUCAAACUUAAAAUGUUAACAGAAGCCAUCAUGCACGACUGUGUUGUGAAACUUCUAAAGAACCAUGAUGAGGAGUCAUUAGAAUGUUUAUGUAGGUUAUUAACCACAAUUGGCAAGGAUCUCGACUUUGAGAAAGCAAAACCUCGCAUGGACCAAUAUUUCAACCAAAUGGAAAAGAUAGUGAAAGAAAGGAAAACAUCAUCUAGGAUACGUUUUAUGCUCCAAGAUGUGAUAGAUGUGAGAAUGAAAAACUGGGUGUCACGUAGGAUUGAACAAGGGCCAAAGACUAUUGAACAGAUUCAUAAAGAAGCUCAAAUUGAAGAGCAACAGCAGCAACUGAAGGUUCAUCAACAAUUAUUGUCGAAACAAGAUAAGAGGCGAACAGGUGCUGUUCGACCUACGGAAGAAGCAUGGAAUACUGUUCCAGUAACAAAGAGCAGCAGAACGAUAGAUCCCAGCAAAUUUCCAAAAAUCACUAAACCUGCCACGGAUGAUAAAAUACAGCUGGGUCCAGGAUGUCGAUUAGGCAGCUGGGGUAAGGGCAGCAGUGGAGGAGCAAAAGCUAAUGAAUCUGAUUCACCUCGAACAACAAGCUUAAAUAGAUUUUCUGUGCUACAGCAGUCUAGCCCACUUUCUGAUUCAGAUGCACGCAGAAUGACACCCAGUCGAAGCAGUACAGGUAGAGAGAAGAACGAUAAACCAGCAGGUCGGCCAGCUAUCACAAGGGGGAGCAGUAAUAAGGAACUCCUUGAUGAUCGAACACGAGAAGAAGAGAGGAGAGAAGCCCUUGAAAUUGUACAACAAGCCACAAGUACCUCUGAGGAGAAGAGUGCAGAGGGAGAUAGGAACCGUACUAAGGAAAAUGUGAAAUCGGAAGUUCCUUCUGCCGAAGUUUCCCUCAGAGCUGUUGAGGCUGAAGAAACAAUGGAGAAAAAAUCAAAGUCUAUUAUUGAUGAGUUUUUGCACAUUAACGAUUAUAAGGAAGCGCUCCAAUGUGUGGAUGAAUUGAAUUCUCUGAGCCUACUCCAUGUCUUUGUAAGAGUAGGUGUAGAGUCAACGUUAGAGAGAAGUCAGAUAACAAGGGAACACAUGGGACAGCUUUUCUACCAGCUGAUACAGUCUGAAAAACUACCCAAGGAUGAAUUCUUCAAAGGGUUUUUAGAACUCUUGGAAUUGGCAGAGGAUAUGGCCAUUGACAUACCACAUAUAUGGUUGUACCUGGGUGAACUUGUGACACCCAUGUUACAAGAAGGAGGAAUCUCUAUGAGAGAAUUAUUUACAGAACUUAGUAAACCUUUACAUCCUGUAGGGAGAGCAGGGGUUCUGCUUGCAGAAAUUUUGCACCUUCUAUGCAAACAAAUGAGCCAUAAGAAAGUUGGGGCCUUAUGGAAAGAGGCUGGCCUAAAUUGGAAAGAUUUCCUUCCUGAGGGAGUUGAUGUUCAACAUUUCAUUAGUGAUAAAAAAUUGGAGUUUACUAUAUCAGAUGUUUCUGGUCCUUCUGAAGCACUUUCAAAAUUGGAGCUCUCUGCUGAAGAACUGAACAAGUGGCUAGAAAAACUUAUAAUUGAAGACAAGGCCAGCAAUGAGCAAAUCUUUGAUUGGGUAGAAGCUAAUUUAGAUGAAACACAGAUUGGUUCAUCAACAUUCCUUAGAGCUUUGAUGACAACUGUAUGUAGAUCAUCUAUUACAGGUGAAGGAGCUUCAAGUCGUGUAGAUGCAACCAUUAUACAGCAGCGAUUGCGAUUGUUACUCAAGUACCUUAAUUCUGAUCCUGAACGAGAAUUACAAGCACUUUAUGCACUACAAGCAUUAAUAGUAAAACUUGAUCAACCUCCUAACUUGUUAAGGAUGUUCUUUGACACUUUGUAUGAUGAGGAUGUUAUAUCUGAAGAUGCAUUCUACAAAUGGGAAUGUAGCAAAGACCCAGCAGAACAGAAUGGCAAAGGGGUAGCGCUAAAAUCUGUCACAGCUUUUUUUACAUGGCUAAGAGAAGCAGAGGAGGAGUCAGAAGAUAACUGAACCUAAAAGGUCUUCGCCAAUCAAAGUGCACAAAGGCCAAUCAUCGCAACAAAUAUGCACAGAAAAAAGUCAGCGAUCAUGAUGAAAAUUAUGGUACACACAAGUAAAGAAAAGCCGCGGUGAUGUUAAAGAACCAUGGGUGGGAGCACUAAAAAUUGUAUUAUUUAUAGAAAAUAUUUUUGUUUUAAAUUUUACGCUUUUUGUUAUUUUUAAAAGGACAUAUGGUUCCAUUUUUCUGUGCAGCAAAAAAUAAAAAAAUUGAACACUUUAAUUUAUUUUUAGAACUGCAACAGUGAUGUAAUUUGAGUUUGCAGUUACUGUAAACAGAAUGUAAUAUAGUUAAAAAGACCCAAACUCUUGCCUACAUGACCAUUACAAACAAAUAUAGGGCAUCAAAUUUAGUAUAUGGGUAGGGUUGGGGGGAGGGGGAGGGUGGUAACAAUAAUGGCUGAAAGUAGUAAUAUGUACCAGUAAUUCUUCCUGCCUGCUUCAGCUUGCUCUAGAAAUGUACAUAACAUUCAACUGGAAGAUGAUGCUCCCUGAAUUUCCAAGCCCAUACAUCAUGAACUGCAGAAUAUGGAGAACUUGUACAAACAAAAAUUCAACUGAGGAAGUGCUUGUAAUACUUUCAAACUAUAGUACUACUCAAGAGCUUGUAAAUACAUAAAGAGAAAUAUUUAAAAAAGACUCAUUACUAUCUUUUCACAUUCAAAACUAAAUAAAAACAAACAGUGCAAGUUGAAAAUAUUUAAAAAAAACCUGUUUAUCUGAAAAUUAAUGGUUACAAGACCUGUUCUACAUAACUUUGUACUCCGUUACCUCAUUGUAAUAUAUAGUGCAGUGGAUGCAAUGCUUAUUAUUGUGGCAGAAGUCAUUAUCAAAUGGCUGGCUAACAUAGGUCAGUCAUUGGUUUAUGACAAGUCUUUAUAUAUUUAAAAAAACGCUGCACGAAUGAGGAUUCUUUCUCCUUACAAAAUUUCUACCUUUGAUCCAAGGUGGCUGCUGAAUCUUGUGAGAGAAAUGAAAAUCAUAGGAAGUCAGAGUCUCUGAAAUAAAGGAUUACAAAUCCCAUACAGAAUUGCAAAUUUUCUCAGAAGCUGCUACCUUGAUUCUACAUACAGCAUAUCGAGGAUAUGUCAGACAACUCCUUACGUAAACUUGUGUGGCUAAUCUCAUGAGUUACUGGUCUGACUUGAAAUGGUGGCUCACAGAUUAAUGCUAGAUUUUGCUUGUACCAGUUUGUGCAUUUAUUUGAAAAUUGGUUUUGAAAAGCCAAGCUUAACACCGGUCAGUUAUGAUUUUGAGACUUGCUUCAAUGCAAGUGACUAUUGGAAUGCUUAUGAAGAUAAUGUUCCAGACUUGAGAUGCCAUUAAAUAACUGUAUAACUUGAAUUAAAAACUGUUCUAGGCUGGUAAUAAAUAUUGGGUGGAUUUUUUUUCCCUGCUUUCAGACUUUAUGCAUGUUCAGUGAUUCUGUUUUGGAUGCAGCUAUUGCACUUACCUGCCAAAUUGUGUGUUGGCAUGAGUUAAUUAAUACAAAUGCAAGAGGAUUACCUAUGGGUUCAUCAGUGGUAAAAGGUUAAUGGCAGUGACUGGACUGUUUUUCACUUUUCUCAAUAUGUAACGUGCCUUGAUAUGCAUGAGCCAACAGGGUAUAUCUGUGUGUUGGAUUGAAAUGUGUCCAAACCCAAAAAGUUAAGCUGACUCUGAACUAAUUCCUCGUUCUACAAAAUGGAGACUCUAAAGCCCAUUGGACACUUUGGGUACACACAUGAAAUGAUAAAGCAGAUAAAUGAAAUUUUACAGUAUUCUUAAUUCUUUGAACAUGAAGAAUGAAAUCUUUGGUUGAAGCAGAUCAUUGUAAAAUAGCAGCUAACUGGUUAGUAAAAUAUUUAUAUUUUAAUACAAUAAUGUAUUAUAGGAGUCUAGGUAAGUUUUAGUGGUCCAGGUUGCACAUUAGUGAAAACCUAAUUGGUACAUUGUCAAAAUUUGAUCAAUGCAAAAGUUGGUUUGCUUUGUGCAAUAAAUACUUAAGGGAAUUAGCCUGGCUCUCCUACCAACAUCUCAGAUAUUGUAGUGUGGAAGUUCUGUGAUUAAAUUUUUUAUCAGGAAGUUACUGGCAUGAUUUAUGUCUCAUGGUCGUGCAUGGGUAUUACAGUAUGGAUCAAGUAAAGAUGACUAUUUGUGCAUUUUGUGAUUCACUAUAUUAAAUAAUUAAAAAUGGAGAAUAAUUAAUUCUUAACAGAAGUCUAGAGAACCAAAAACAAUUGCUGAAUGCAUGAAUGGUGCUUCAUGGAUAUUCAAACUGUAUAAUGUAGUGCUUCAUCUUAUUUUCAUGACCAUUUCACUCAGUUAUAAUCAAUUAACCAGAUAAGCUGAAGAUCUUAUUAUUCUGUUAUUUUCUAGGUGGCAUAAUUAUUGGAUUCCGACAACCCAGCUUUGCCAUAAAUGUAUAUAAAUCGAUUACUCUGAGAAAGGUCCUGACUCUUUGUAGAAAACUUGGAUUCCAGUCCGUCAUAGAACUUUUCAAUGUUUUAUGACUGAAUGGAGAGCAUAAUGUAUAAAAUCAGUUCUUGAAAGCAGGAGCUAAAAAAUCAGAUGUGUACUCAAAGAGAGCUUACUGUGAGGUAAAAAAGUGUUUCAUGUGUCAGAAGUUUUAAUGAAGUUAUUUCAAGUUUAUGAAAAACAUCCUGCAGUUUUCAAUAAGACCAGACUUAAUAACACUUCUUAAAUGCAGAAUUUUAUAAACAUGACAAAUGUAAUGAAAGUCUGGAAGUAUGUAAAUGUUCAAACUGAAUAACGGAAUCCCACUGAAUCAUGCGUUCCACUGAUAAUUGUUAAGUGAAACUCAAUGAAAGGAAGUCCAAUCAGUCUUCCUACUAUGUGUGGUAAAAUUUAUUAUUUUUUAUUUUAUUAUGAAUAUGAAAACAGUUAAUUACUGAAUCUAAGACCUGCAUCUAAGAUCAGCAAUGUAAGAUGGACUCCGAUGUCUGACUCUUGCCUAUAGCAACAAAUUACGGAAUUAUUAAAUUUAAUCUCUUAUUCCCUGUUAUAUUGACACUAUUCUUUAAUAAUCUUUGUAAACGUACUCGUAUUGUUUUCAUCUAAUGGAUAAGUGAUCAUUUUAUUCCUUUAUUGAAGGUAUAGUUCAGUUUGCAAAAAAGAAAUCAAAUUGGAGCAAGUUGUAAAGUCUUUCCAGCAGAUACUUAAAAUUAUAAACUUAUUCAGGGUUUAUUUAAGGAACAUUUACCUUGACGGGUGAAUUUGCAUCCACUUUUUAUUGACAUUUAAUAUCUUCAUA